UCGAAGGCUGUUCUACCGUCGAGUCUUAAGAGUUCAAGAGUUAGAAACUGCUAUUAAAGUGGGGAUGAAAUGGUCGAUAUUACCUUUGAACCACCAUGCUCGCGAAGAACAGGGGCAAUAGUCACAUGCCGGUCGUGGUCAAGUGAGGUUACCGUUUCGAGUCAACUUCCGCUUUGUCCACAUACGCGUGUCUCCUUCAUAACUUUUAAUUCUUAUUUCGUUUGUUCUUUUUCUUUUCCUAUUAAUUUUCGUUGUUUCUUUCUUUACUAAAAUCAUGAUUACCGAAGAAAUAUUAGACGGACAACGAAAUGGAACUAUCAAUACGGAUAGGAAGUUGGUAAAAGAUCUUUAAGAGCUUAGAGCGAGAGAGAAAGAGAGAAAGAGAAAAAAGAAUAGAAUGAAGAGCCGACGAUUUCAACGAGAGAACGAAACGUAAGUAUCCGAGUUCGUGUGCUCCUUCGGCUCGACAUCUAUGACAGGAUCGACGAGCUCGGAGGGCCUGCGGCCCCAGGAAACCUCACCUAUUCCUACAAGAAACACAUUGUUUUCUCACGAUUCUUUCGUCGAGGGACGAGAUCAGCAUCAUCAGCCACGUCGGAAAAUGACUCCGUUACCACCGAGCGGUACGCCGAUACAGCUAACUCCUCUUUGGGAACACGUGGUUCGUAUUAGAUACGUUUGGCUCGAAUUAAUUCAUUUUGUUGUUAAACGAAAUCGGUCGGUCGUUAGAAAAAUAAGUAGGAUGAUCGAACAGGUUCGUACGAGAAGAUUUCCAUCGGAGAUCGAUACACGAUUGAUAUUCGUCGAGAUAUCGGAAAGAUUGCGAGAUCCAGAAUGGGAAGUACGGCAACACGCUCUUCGCGUUCUUAUGGACGUGAUGCCGACUCUGUCCGGCGAAAUCGUGGACGAGGUAAUGCAACCGGUGGUACCAGAACUGUUAAAUAAUUUAGGUCAUGCAGCACCAGCCGUUCGUAAGGGCGCCUUGGACGCUUUGAGAGUAUACCUCGUACAUAGUCUCGACAGAGAAAGGAUCGUGAAAAAUAUAUUUCGGGAUGGUUUUAACCGACGAGACGUUCAGGACGUGUUUCAAACUAAUCUGAUCACAGGAGUGAUCCUCAGUGCACCAUCCUUGCUAUUCCCAUCGUCGAGUGGUUCUCGUCCUAGCAAGGACAUCGUCAAAUACGUCACCUUCUCUUUGGCCUCUCGUUUGACCCAGGUGGCCUAUCAGGAAGCUAUUCUAAAGUCAUUGAUGAAGAUUCGCGAGACUAUAGGCGCGGGAGAAUUCGACGACAUCAUUUCUGGUUGCGACGGUGAACUGAAAAAACAUUUGGAAGUUCUCUGCAAGGUUUACAACGUUAAACCGAGCAAGAAGAGCCAAACGAAGAUAUCGUCGGAUAGGAAGGAAGUUAACAAAUUAGACGAGGUUGGGCCUACUCGUGAACAAAUUUGGGAUAGCGACAGUGAUACGUCAGGGAUUGCCGAAGAAGAAGAUGAAAUUGUUAAUGGACAGAUGCCACCGGCUCGAGUGGUUUUGGAAACGGAAAUAAAGUUCAACGAAGAGACAGCCAUCACUAUGACCAUUCUCGAAGAAAAAGCUACGAACAGCGAAGAGGACGAGGAGGGCGAAGAAAGUGGCACCGACGUAAGAAACGAAACUGAAAUAACGAGCGAACGUAACGAUACAAGAAAAAAGACCCCUAGACGUGUACAUUUUGGUGGUGAAAUCGUUAAAUUAAGGACACCCGAUAGCGACGAUACCGAAUCGGUUGUCGUAGCUUCCUCGAAAACUAGGAUACCCCUUCCAGUCUCGCCAGCCACAAAGAUGCCAUUGGAACGGUCACGUCGAAGAUCUAUAUCGCAGCCCAACAGUCCUCAUUUCGCUAGACGCAAUACCAAUAGAAUGUCCAGAUCACUUUCCAGUAGUCCUAAGAGAGAAAUUUAUACACAUAAUGCUGAUCUCAGCCCGAAAAAGGGUAUUCUUACGAGAACGAACAGUCCUCUUUUCGUUAUCGAGCCGAUCGAUCGUCAGCUUGAUGAUAAGAGAGAUAAACGUAACGAUAAGUACGCAGAAAUGUCGACUCGAUCGGGAUCACCAAAAUUAAAAAACGACGACGACUCGAGUCGAUCUUCGCUUCGAGUUAAUUCCAUUGAAGAAAAUUUCGAUAUCGAAAAGUUGCCCGACGAUAUUAAGAAGGAAAAGGAUCAUCGAAAGGAUAAGGAAGAUUCGAAGAACGUUAAGGAAGAUAAACCAUUGUUUCGAUCGUUCAGCGUUCCAUCCAUUAGAUCGAUAGAAAGUAAUUACGAAUCGAAAGAUUUGGAGAGAAUAAAAGUUCUCAAAGAACAAGAAAGAAAGAAAUCUUUUUCGAAUAAUGUCGAAGAACUUUCUUCGAUAAACAAUCAAGCUAAUCUUACCCUAUAUCACGAAAGUGCUAACGAUACGAAAGCAUUUUCAUCGAUAUUUGAUACGAAAGUCAAUAAUAGAGCUGUCUCGAUAGAAUCGAAUCAUGAGAAUCUCGACGAUAUUGAACGAUCGUUUGACGUUACUUCGAAAAUCGAUGAAAAGAUAAAGGAUAACGUUGCCGUAGGCACUACGUCAGGAUUAAAAUCGAACGAACGUGAAUCGACUAAUGCCUUACGAAAGAUUCACAGUUCGAAAACUUUCAAACGAGAACGUGAUUCACGUUCGCCAACAAAGAUUGUUGAUUCCGAGAAUAUAGUGACUUCACGUAAAUAUAAUGAACCUGAGGAAAUACGAAGAACUAAAACGAGUCAUGCAGUGGAAAACGGAAACUUGACGCGUGCAGUGGGCGACAACAAGAAAGAAAGUAAAUCACAGGAACCAAGUUGGGAAGAAUUGGGAUUGGUUAAUCGUGACGUUUUGGAUGACCUACAUAACAAGGAGGAUUGGCGUGCUCGCGUAAGAGGUCUCGAAAGAGUAGCAUCGGCAUUACGGACACCCUCAGCUCUAAUCGCGAUAGAGUCGCGAUUAGGAUCACUUUUGCAUGCUGUACUUGGCGGCGAAAGGAGCUGCCGCGUAGCGGCUGCUGGUUUAGCAGUUGCAAAGAUCGUCGUUGCUGGUGUCACCGAAAAUGCGCUAAAACGAAAAUUGCCUCAACUCGCUUGGGGCCUGGCAAGACAAGGUGGUCCUAGUGCUGCUCAACUUGCGAGAAUUGCUAUGCUCAGAUUAAAACCUGCUUAUCUCUUGGAACAAUUUUUGCAACCUCAAUGUCUCGGGGCUAGAAAUGCUAAGACGAGAGAGAACGCAUUGCAGUUGUUGAUCUUCUCUUUCGUCACUUUUCCCAGUACGGAGUUUAAAGUCGAGACGGUGGCACAUAAGGUUGCUCUUAUGGUGGGUGAUCGACGUCGUAGGGUACGACAAGCUGCUCUCGAUGCUUUGGCUGUUUUGGCACAGAUUUACGAACCCGAGGAGGUUCUACGAGCAGGGAAAAGAGCAUCGGCCAGUAGGCACGACGGUGAGGCCAUGUUUUCAGCUAUAAGAUCUCGUCUAGCUAGAAAAUCAUUGCCUUUGGUCUCUGCCGACGGUUUGGUCGUCUACGGUUUACAAAUUUCACCGACCGUUCAAAUUGCUACCGGUAAUCGACCUGACGUUGAUUGGAUCGUAGCCGGAAGUGGUUCGGUUUCACCUGGUACAGGACGUAGCAAACGUCAAAUCGCAACGGCCAAACCCGAUAGAGGAAAUUUUUUGAGAAAUAGGAAUGCAAAAAAGUAUGGCAGUCCAUGGACAAACAGACAAAAUUUGUUUGCACGUGGUAUCGCUUUACGUCCCGCGAACGAGAAACCUGUAGUAUGGCAAAUAUUACCUCAAAAUCAGUCGCGGUUUCAUACGAAGAAAAAUCUCUUUUGGAAAGUUCACUUAGAGAAAAAGGUAAGGACGCGGGACGAUACUUUCUCCUGCUCAAACGAAGUUCAAGGAUUGGAAGGACGAAUCGACGAUAUCGUUAAUGACAAUGAUGGUCAUCCACGUGCGAGUCGAGACAAUCAGAAUACGAAUGCAUCGAGCAAGGGAACGUCUAUAAAUUUAAAUCGUCGAGAAACGGCACAAAUCAACAAUCUCGAUGAUAAUGGGAACGUUAGAUCGAUCGCGAAAGAAAACUUGAAUUUCCAAGAUGACCGUGCAUGUCGACCAUUGUCUCAAGAAAGUUCUGCCAUUAAACUGGAAUCCAAAAUUCCGAUAUUUUUCUCUCGAGGAAUGACCAGUACAAAGAUAAACGAUCAAGCUUCUAAUCUUUCGUCCGGUCAUAGUUAUGAUCAAGUAAACGUUAAGUUAAGAAAAAAGAUAGUUUACAAUUCGGAUAACAAAAAUAGCGUUUUUAAAGCGCGGAGUAAAAAUAUAGGAUUAGAGACGACGUAUCAACGACGAAAACGUCUUCAACAAGAUGCCACUUCUCCUAUUAGUUUAUUGGAUAACCAAGUAACGAAUCGAACUUCUGAUUCGGGUAAUAAUACCUAUCGACCUUUAUCGUGUACAAUAAAUUCCAAGUAUACCGAGGAGAGUCAAGAAAACAUAUCGGACGAACAAAAUGUUAUGUCGAAAGUCGUUUCUCAAGAGCAUCCUCCUAAAGUAUUAGUCAACAAAAGAUAUUCAAGAAGUUCUGAUGGUCAUUUAAGAUUUCCAAGGACGAGUUCCGUGGAACGUCCACAUCCAAUAUCUGAAAUUGAUCAACAAUCAAAAUUACCAACUUUUGAAACAUCGAAUCCCGUUUAUCAACGACAAAGACAAUUCGUUACAGAACCGUCAUUUAAAACAUUAAAAACAGUUAACACUUCGUAUGCUCGUACUUAUCAAGAUGUAGAAAAUUCAAAUGAAGAGACAUUAGUUGAUCAUACUUCGUUUGGACAGCCAAGAAUAGAUCGGAGAACUAACGAGGCAACGAGCCAACAACGUACUGAGCCCGAAGAAAUAUCAUCGAACGCACGAACGGAUGAUGGUAUGUUUGUAAACAGUCCUUUUAGAAGGCGAAUACGUUCGUUAUCACCGUCACAACUUUAUCAUCAAGAACAAUUCGUCGAUAUGGCUUUCAAAGAUUUGCAAGGAGUUUCCAUGUACGAUAUAGACAAAGCACCUGUGAACGUAGAGGAAUGCAACGAUAGAAAGAAUAAGGAUUAUUAUUUAUCAGAAACUAACAUUUAUCCUGCUCAAACUUUAAACAAUGAAGAAUUAUUUCAUGAAGAUUACGAAAGAAAAACAAGAAGGACAAGAAGUGCGGAUAGUACAUCGUCGGAUCUAUCAGCGAGUGAUUCGAACGACAGAAGAAGAAACCGAUCUACAUUGCGAUCUCUUUUGGAAGGUCGCGAUCGAGAUGAGAGUGAUAAUAAUAGCAUUGGUAUUCCGAUUUCGCAAAGUGAAAACAUCGAGAAAGCUUUCGACGUUAUUUCUGAUAAAUCUCAAGAAAGGAACAGCGUCGAUUCUUACGUCUUAACGAUGAAAGAAUCAGAUGCUUCCACCGAAUCAACAAGUACUUCAACGGAGGAUGAAACCUCGAAGGAUUGGAGUAGCGAAGAAGGAAUCAAAUCGAGAAAUAAUCAAACGAUUUUAUCCAAACGAGAGGAAUUAGUUAAAAACGAUAAUGAUUCGAAUUUAAACAGCGAAAGUUCUGAUGCAGUUGACAAAGCAAAAAAUAAAACAGAAUUACGUAGAAAAUCGAUCGUUACCAUUAUUUCGGACGAGGACAUUCUUAUGAACGAAUUAUUAGUGUCCUCGGGUGAAUCGUUGGAAAUUAAUUAUAGAAUUGAUAGGAGAUUGCACGAUACUCCGACGAUUUCAUCACCCGAACAUUCCAAAGUUAUAGUCAAAUCUGAAUCAGAAUUUAUUAAUUCAAUGGUUUGUAAUGAUUAUUUGAACGUAUUUGGUUCACCGAGACGAGAUCUUCGAAGUUCAAAUUUAUCACCGAUUUUCAACAAGGAAGUUAAUGAAAUAUUGCGAGAUGUGAAGGAAGAAGUUCCUUCCGUGUUUCUCGAUCAAUCUGUGACUUAUCAAACUUUAGAAACAAGAAAGCCUGACAGAUUAGACGACGCCAUCGAGUCAGCAACAACUUUGUUAAACAAAACUUCAGAAUAUAUCGAUAAUUCUAGAAACAUUGAAUCCAAAAUGGAUUGGUCUGUUUCGGAAGAUAUUGCUAAAGAAAAUACUACAAAUAUUGCGUUUACUAAGAUACCUGUCCCUUCAGAAAGUUUCACAAAAUUAGACGAAAUUAGAGAUAAACAUAUAGAGAAUAAGGAGGCGCCUGCGAUUCUAAAGAUCGAAAAACAACCUGCAGAAAAUACAGAAAACGUUAGAAAGAUGUCAUCUAGGGUACUUCGUAGUACAACGAAAUCCAGAAACAUUUCUAAUAAAUCAAGCAUGAAUCAACAUUCGGAAAAAGUAAUAGAUAAACAGAAACCUAUCGUACAGCAGUGUUUCAAUCAACUCGAGAGUAAAGACUGGGAAGUAACGAUAAAAGGACUUAAAUCUUUAUCUCAAUUGGCUAAACAACAUCCUGAAUAUUUGGAUCUUAAUAUCGGUGGUACGAUAGGUCGAUUAUUAGGUCGUCACAUUAAAAAUCUUCGUUCGCAAGUAUCACGUGCUGCUUGUAUAGCUGCAGGCGAUAUUUUUAGUUGUCAAAUUCGUGGUAUAGAUCAGGAUAUCGAUGAUAUCGUUGGACCGUUGCUUCAUAGAACAGCAGAUACGAAUCGUUUUCUACGCGCUGAUAGUAAUGCAGCGUUAGAUCGAAUGGUCGAAUCGCUUCCUCCACAUAAAACUAUCGGUAUUAUUGUAUAUCGUGGUGCAAAUCAUCAAAAUGCAAUUGUAAGAGCAGCCACAGCGAGAUUAUUAUUAUCGAUCGUAGAUCGUAUUGGAGCUGAACACGCUAUGAUGUUACCUCGUGAUGUUAGAGAUAAAUUGCUUGGUUCAGGAGCUAAAUUAUUGAUGGACGGAAAUUUAGAUGCAAGAAAUCACGCAAAGAAGAUUUUCCGACGAUUAAUGAAUUGUGAGGGUUUUCAAAAAGCUUUGACCGACGCCGUACCAGAAACAACCUUGAGGCAUAUCGAUAAAACUUUGAAAUCGCUUUAGUCGUAUGAUAAGCGAUUCUCACAUGUCACGAAUUAAUGUUUGAUAACAUAAAAAGAAGGAUCUGAAUAUUAUAAAUAUUUAUUAAAACUAACUUCUUAAUCCUGCACCGUACCGGUGCAAUAGGUACCUACAGUUUGUCAGCUUUUGUGAUGAGAAUUUGUCAAUGAGUUUUAUAGAAUUGGUCUAAUCAAUAUAAUUGAUAACGAGCGUUUCAAGAUCAAAUCAAAAAACGAUAUGAUUUAACUGUCAUUAUUUUAACACAUUCUUGACAAUAGUUUUCACCUGUAAAGAAAUUUUUUAAAUUUUUCAUACAAUGGAGAUUGAUGUUAUUAAGAUCGAGGACAAAGAUUUUGAGAAAUUCAAGCAGCUGUAUGAUAACAAUGACGAUUGAAAAUUAGAUUAUAACAAGCCCGAUUUGUUCGUUUUGGUAAAGACUGUUCCAGUUUUUAAUGGAAAAAGUUGGAACAAGAUUUCUUGAAGUUAUACGAUAUUUCACAGGAUCCUGACUAUAGGAAUAUUUUGGAUACUCGUAUGAUUGAAUCUCGAAAGAUAUAGGAUUUUUUAAUUGAGAUAAUGACAUAGAAUAUUAUUUUAUAUGAUUCGAAUCUUUAGUAUCUUGUGCAUCUCCAUUGAAAAAUAGAGAUUUUAUAUUAGAAUAUUCGUUACUUGAGAUCGGAGAACAAUUCAUCUUAAAUCAUUUUUAUUUGUUACAAGGACUACUCAGCUAGAAAACAUUUUAUUGAAACGACAUCUCAUUCAAUUUAUUUAAUUUUGAAUAUUUGCGUACGCGAAAUCAAAGAUCUUUUUAGGCCAAGAAAAGAUGCUCGAUUUUUAUUUAUAACAAAAAUGAUAUCGAUACAACAACAAUUAUUCCAAGAGCGGUCGAAAUUUAAUCGUUAUUAUGUACAUUUAUUUUUACAUGAUCCUCACUUUUCUCAUUCAUGGCCUUCGCCCCAAUACGUUACCUUUCAUACAUCCUUUACUAUAAAUCAUUUGAUGUAUGAUCGUUAAUCUAAACGUCUUUCUAAUCGGCCGACUUUUAUUGGCCAUCAUUUUUUGAUAUUUAUGUCUUUAACAUAUGUGUAUAUAUAUACAUAUAUAUACAUACACAUAUAUAUAUAUAUAUAUUUCCUUUUUUAUAUUAUUAUCUAAAAUACGUAUCUAUUCGUAUUUAACACAGUACCAAUGGAAAUUCAAUGAUUUAUAAUCGUAAAAGAAAUUUAUUCGCCAGUGAAAGAAUCCAUUACCGAAAGAACAAUAAGUGCAAUAUGCAGUAUGCAGUACAAUGGUUUGUAAGAUGAAUUUUUUUAAGUAAAUAUAUCGAACAAUACGUCGAA